UUAAAAAUAUAUAUAAAUUUGUAGUGGUUGCACAAUGAAAACCAAAUGUUACUACUAACAAAUCACUCAGAAAACAACAAAUUAUUUUGCUUCGUCUUAUCUUAUCUUUAACUGCUUCUAAUUACUUGCAAUGGACGUUUAUUUUGGAAACCCUAACCCAUUUUCUGAAGUUGAUAAUAACAUACCUCCUCCUGUUUCCUCUGAUUUCAUUAACUUAUCUGAUUAUCUUGUCCUUGACGAUGAUUUUGUUGCUAAUCAAGACUCUAAUUGGUCACAAAGUACAGAAACUCCUGAAUCAUCGGAUAAAGCAGGCUCCAUCAAUGAUAUUAAUGUCAUUAAUCAAGGAUUUAGUGAUGAGAUUGAAACCUCUAUCAACAACAACAACAACAGUAACAUGAUCAUAAAACGCAAAAAUAGAGGGAUUAGUGAAAGUAGUACAGUAGAAGUGAGUCGAAGGGUUACGUUUAGAACGAGAUCGCAGUUUGAGAUUAUGGAUGAUGGAUACAAAUGGAGGAAGUAUGGAAAGAAGUUUGUCAAAAAUAACUCCAACCCAAGGAACUACUAUAAGUGUUCAGGUGAAGGGUGUGGUGUGAAGAAGAGGGUGGAAAGGGAUAGGGAAGAUACAAGCUAUGUGUUAACAAGUUAUGAUGGUGUCCACAAUCAUGAGAGUCCGUGCACUUCGUACUACACUCCGCCGGCAAUGUCUUUGGUGUAUUCUAAUGAAUGGCAACUGCAGCAGCAGCCUUCUACGAACUCGUCAUCUUCUAAUUAAUCGAUUAAUACUUAGUUAUAUCUAUAAGUAUAUGGAUGUGUAUAUAUGUAUCGGUAGAUCCUAUUAAUAAAGCCUGGGAAGGUUUGGAUGAUUUGGAAAUCUCGCAAUGAUGUAUUCUUGCAAAGAUUUCUUCUGAAGUGAAUGUAAUGAAAUAGGUUCAAUUCUCUUCUUGGAAAUGGUUUUUGGCUAUACUUUUGUUCGGGUUCAUUUUUUGGUUAUGGUAUUUUUCUCUUACCACUUAGUUCUCUUGGGUUCUUUCUUGUACCGGUGUCUCUUAUUUGUUCUUUCUAUAGGGCUUUGUACUUCGUUUUGAUUACUACCUAUAAUAUUUUAGCCUUUGACAAUCUAAUUGAAAAAUAAUUGAUCUUAAUUAAACAACAAUAAUGAGAAACAAUUACACAUGCUCCAUCAAUAUUUUUUCUUUCAGUACAGUUAGGUUUAGGGCUUGAGCUUCCCCACUUUGAUAGCUUCAUCAAUUGCCUUCUAUUCUCCAAGUCACACAAAUGAUAACAUUUUUAUCAUUUCUAAUGCCUACUCCUACCCAAAAUGUAAGUU